UCUUCUUUGCCCCCCGAACUGAGCCUCUAGUCAAUCCUCUUUGGUCAUAGCAUAACAGCUGAUAUAAAUUCGUGGGUGUAAAUACUGUAACCAUAAUAAUACCAAAUAAAUAGAAGUUUGGAACAUUACCGGAUUGAAGAUGGCAGGAAGAAAUUUAUCCCGGUUGUUAACAAAAACACCAGUUUCUCGUGUCCCCAGUGUCUCAAUCAUCACUCGGUCGAAUUCAUCUUGGGAGCCUAAGGAUAAGGUCACCCAUACUGGCCAGAUAUUUGAAACUGACGACAAAAGACUCGUACGUUUCGUCGACAGGCCAAAGGAGGUGAAUGAUCGUUGGGCAAUUAAUUUAAUUGAUGAAGUUCCUCCUAUGCCUACCGAAGCAAGAAUCGUCUGUUGCAAUGGAGGAGGAGGACCCUUGGGUCACCCAAAAGUCUACAUAAACUUGGAUAAACCUGGCAAUCAUGCCUGUGGAUACUGCGGUCUUAGAUUCACAAAAGAGGAUCAUCAUUAGCUCCCAAUUAUCGUAGUAUGAUCACAAAUAAAAAUAGUCUUUAUAAUUUUACCAAAUACUUAAUAAAAAUCCAUUGAAUUUCAAAUUGUGGAGUAUUUAUCUGGAUGUUCUUUCCAAUAAUUGCUCGCUAAUUAAAAGAUGAAUGAAAAGAUUUCGAAUGAAGAAUAAAUAAUAAGAGUUGAAUAUAUUGCGUAAUGGUUUAUUGACUCACCAAGUAAUGUACAAAUAAGUACAAAUGUUAAAACGAUGUUAAAAAAUGAAAAUCAUCUUACCAGACAACGAUCAUGAUUACAGUAUUUUAUUUGUUACUUUUCAAUAAAUGUUAUGAAUUUUAGGUUA